CCAAAUACGCAAUCUUGCAUUCCAAUCCAAUUCUCCGGUAAAUCCACUGCCGCCACCUGAGAGUCGCCUUGGGUCAUGACAGAUCACUCCGGCGAAGAUCAUGCUACGCCGGCGAUCAGUUCCGACGAAAACAAGUCAAUGCUGGUCGGAUUAUCGGACCAAGUCAACAAAAUAACCGCCACGUUGAAAGAUUGGAAGCUAUCUCUCCUCUUCGUCUCGAUCUUCGGCAUGACAGGCAUCGGUAAGACCACUCUCGCUAAACAAAUCUUCGAACAUCCAUUAAUUACGAAUCGGUUUGACCGUCGUGCAUGGAUCGAUUUAGGACCGAAUUACCGACCUGAAAACAUCAUGCACGACAUCGUAGCUCAAUUAGAUCCUGAUUUUGACAAAAUGCCUGGUUACCUAAGUAUGCAUCUAUUCAAGUUAUUGAGUUCGAAGAGAUGCCUCGUUGUGUUGGAUGGUGUUUGGGACACAAAGGUGUUUGAUUACUUGCUUAGGUUGUCUGGGGAUAAGAUCAAGAAUGGAAGUGCAGUUUUGGUAACGACCACUCUUGAACAAGUAGCUGUGUUUCCUCAUAGUUACAAAGUUCAUCAAAUGGGCCUCCUCAAUGAAGAAGAUAGUUGGUCUCUUCUUCGCCACAAGGUGUUCGAUGAAAUGCCUUGCCCACCUGAACUCGUGAAGCCUGGAAAAAAGAUUGCUGAGAAUUGUGAAGGUCUUCCUCUCACAAUCGUCACUGUAGCUGAUCUUCUAUCGAAGCUCGAGAAGAGCCCGGAUUGCUGGAAGAAAAUAGCGGAUGAGGAAGAAAAUUCCGUGUUUAUGGAUGCUUACGAUAAAAUGUCGGAAGUAUUAUUCCCGAAUUACGACUAUUUGCCUCAUCAUCUGAAAGAACCCUUUCUCUAUUUGGGAGUUUUCCCUAUGAAAAAAUCGAUCCCCCACUCCAAGAUUGUCAAUUUAUGGAUUUCUGAGGGAUUUCUCGAACAAAAUCCAUUGAGUACUCCAGAAAAUGUUGCUGCAGAAUGUUUGAAGGACCUUAUUUCAAGAAGUGUCGUAAUGGUUCCCCAGCAGAGCACAAGUAACAAAGUUAAAACUUGUCGCCUACAUUCUGUAUUUUGGCAUAUGUGCAUCAAAGAAGCUAGAAAGAACAAGUUUUUCCAUGUCGUGAAACGCUAUGCGGAUAUUGUAGCAGAAGAUGUAGAAAACCAGACUCGAUUUUGCAUCCACAACAACAUGUUGUUUGGCAUCGAAGAUUUGAAUAACUUAAUUGCAUCCACUUCAAAUGUGUCUUCUCUUUUAUGUACCGGUCCUUACCAUCAAUAUCCAGUACCGAUAUGUUUGGAUCAUUCGAAGUUGCUCAGAAUACUCGACGCUCUUACAGUCCAUUUCUACUUAUUUCCAAUCGAUGUCCUAAAACUAGUCGAGUUAAGGUACCUUUCCCUCAGUUAUAAUCAGAAUCUCCCUUCUUCCAUAUCCAAACUUUUGAACCUUGAGUGCUUGAUUGUCAGCCGACCUUUGUCCAUCAUUUCCGUUGAGAAACCACUGUGUCUGCCUAUAGAGAUAUGGGAUAUGAAGAAACUGAAGCAUGUUCAAUUUAUGGGAAGCAAUCAGCUACCAAAUCCUUCUGAAGGAUCGUACUUACCAAACCUCUUAACGCUUUCAGACAUGAGUGCUCGCAGUUGUACUAAGAGUGUUCUCGAAAGCAUCCCUAACCUAAAGAAACUAGGAAUUCAAAUCGAAUUAUCGCCCGAAGCAGCCACUAAUCAAGAACCCUCGAGCUGCUUCGAUCAUAUUUCACAUCUCGAGAAACUAGAAUCACUUAAAUGUGUUGUUGUGAAUCCUAGUUUCAAUACUACUAGGAUUGCAGUUUGCCCACCACCCCCUCUUUCGGUUUUUCCAUCGGGUCUUAAGAAGUUAAGCCUGAGCGGGUUAGGAUAUCCGUGGGAAGAAAUGAGCAAGAUUGCUUUAUUGCCUAAUCUUGAAGUGCUCAAAUUGCGAAGCUGUGCUUUUCGAGGACCAAAGUGGGAUGUGGAAGAUAAUAGAUUCUUGAGACUCGAGUUUAUUCUGAUUGAAGAUAGUGACUUGGUGCACUGGACGGCUGGAAACAGGAGCUUCCCUUAUCUUGAUUGCUUGAGCAUUAAACACUGCUACAAAUUACAAGUCGUGCCCCGGCAAUUUUCUUUCGAUCUUGGAAAGAUUCAAGUGGUUGACUGUACUCCUUUGGUCGUGAAUUGGGCAAAGAAAUUGACGAAGAUUGAUGUUCGUGUCCAUUCUUCGUGGGAUGAUAAGACCCUCAAGAAAUGACUAUCAACAAGAUUCCCAAAUUAACUCUGGUUGAAGAGAGCGAAUUGGUGCACUAGAUCCCCGGGAAAGAAGAGCUUCCGAUUUCUUGAUUGCCCGAGCAUUAAACACUGCCACAAAUUGCAAGAGAUGCCCCAAAAGUUCACUUUCUGUCUUGGCAAAGUUUAAGUGGUUAAAUUCAAUCCUUUGAUUGUCAAUUGAGCAAAUAAUUUCGACAAUUACUCGAGUGGUGUUCGUGUCUAAUGCUUCGUGGGAUGAACGAAUAUGGAAAUUUGCACUUAACCUUCAAGCAUAGUGGCUGUGUGUGUUUGUGUAUGUGUUGUUUCUCUAUACCACUUCCAAACUUAAUUGAAGUUGGCUCUUUCUGUAUUUCCUCAAGAUUAUUAAUGUUUGACAUAU